AUGUUUGUGACUUCAGCGGUUCCUCAGGCAUUUUCCACGCCAGGCUGGCAGAUUGAGAAGAAGUACUCCACGAGAGUGCUCGUGGGAAACUGGGUGGAAGAGAGAAGGAAGUUCACCAAAGCCACUGACCACACACCCCAGUGCAUUUACAGGAAGGAAUACAUCCCCUUCCCAGGUCACAGACCAGACCAUAUUUCCAGGUGGUAUGGGAAAAGGAGAAUGGAGGGUCUCCCAUACAAGCACCUGAUCACUCACCACCAGGAGCCCUCGCAUCGUUAUCUGAUCAGCACCUAUGAUGACCACUACAACCGGCACAGUUACAACCCGGGCGUGCCCGCCCUGCGUUCCUGGAAUGGACAGAAAUUGCUGUGGCUGCCAGAGAAGUCCGACUUUCCCCUUCUUGCACCCCCCACAAACUACGGACUGUUAGAGCAACUGAAGCAGAAGUGGCUCAUGCCCAAGACUGGCCUGAGAGAAAGCAUUUAUACCACAUCCUACCCCAGGCUGCCAGUGUGCGCUAUGUCCAAGAGGGAACAUGCCAUCCCGGUCCCUCCCCCUCGGCUGCACCCCAUCCCACACUUCUGA